GUGUACACAUGUCGACUUUUGUAGGAGCUUGAAUCCUUUUUCCUUCGAGUCAUUUUUUUUCGGUUAGUGCAAAUUCCCAAUGAUUUUUCAAUUCCUUCAUCACACUGGCAUUCAUUCGAGGAUAUAGUAGCAGUAAUGUAACUGUGGAGGGCAGCAUUGCGCAUUCCAGCGUAAAGCCUGCCGGAAAUGUAUUAGAAGAAGAAGAAGAGCUCGAAUCCUCUGCUGAGUUUCUUCCGUGGUAAAUUUUUAAGUGGAUCCGUUACCAUGGCGGCAGACCGGGAGGAGCGCCGCUUCGCAGAGGUUUCCCGGGACUCCGUGAAACUCAUGGCCGAGAGUGCGGGCCUGGAGCUCGGGGACGAGGUGGCCGCGCUGCUCGCCGAGGACGUCUGUUACCGGUUGAGAGAAGCAGCGCAGAGCAGUGCUCAGUUCAUGAGGCACGCUAAACGGAAGAAGCUGACAGUGGACGACUUUAACAAAGCCCUGCGUUGGAGCAAUGUAGAGGCUAUCUGUGGCUACGGGGCUCAGGAUGCAAUGCUUUUCCGCUCAGUAAAAGAAGGAGAGCUUUUCUUUGUUGAAGAUCGAGAUAUCAACCUAAUUGAGCUUGCUCUGGCCACCAAUAUUCCUAAAGGUUGUGCUGAAACAAUGGUGCGAGCCAAUGUGGCGUACCUUGAUGGUAAAGGCAACGUAGGACCUCAAGGGACGGUUCCCGCUGCAGUACAGUCUCUCUCAGAUGACCUCCUCAAGUACUAUCAGCAGAUCACACGGGCCAUCCUUGGAGAGGACCCCCAUCUCAUGAAGGUUGCUCUCCAGGACCUUCAGUCGAACUCAAAGAUUGCUGCCCUGCUGCCGUACUUUGUUUAUGUCAUUAGUGGGGUGAAGUCGGUAAGCCAUGACCUGGAGCAACUCAACAGACUGCUGCACAUGGUGAAGAGCCUGGUUCAGAACCCCUACCUGUACCUGGGCUCAUAUGUGCGCAGCCUCGUCUCCAGUGUUAUGUACUGCAUCCUGGAGCCACUGGCUGCCUCCAUCAACCCCCUCAAUGACCACUGGACCCUCCGGGACUACGCUGCCCUGCUCCUCAGUCACAUAUUCUGGACUCAUGGUGAUCUAGUGAGUGGUCUCUACCGCCAGAUCCUGCUUUCCCUGCAGAAGGUUCUGUCUGACCCGGUGAGGCCACUCUGUUCCCACUAUGGAGCUGUGGUUGGCCUUCAUGCUCUGGGAUGGAAGGCUGUUGAGAGAGUGCUCUUUCCACACCUUCCUGCCUACUGGGCCAACCUCCAGGCCGUGCUGGAUGAUUACUCUGUGUCUAAUGCUCAGGUUAAAGCAGAUGGACACAAGGUUUAUGGAGCCAUCUUGGUGGCGGUGGAGCGUCUUCUGAAGAUGAAGGCUCUGUCUCUGCCUCAGCCAGCAGAGGGGUGUUCAAGCUCUCAGCCGGGUUGCCUAGCAGGCCCAAUGGGCUAUAGAGUAAGCUCUCCAGGUCUCAGCCCCCCUCCAGAGCCUCUAGCGGAAGCUGGCCUUGGAAUUGCAAGCCACCUCCAGGCAGGUGGGGCCGGCUGUCAGUGGGAGGAGUGGUCCCCAGUUCCUCUCCCUGCUAUGUAUUCCGAGCUGUACUCGUUUUUUGGAGACAGCCUUGCCGUCAGGUUUAGCACAGAACAGAGCUUUGGCGGCUUCUCUCCCUGUACUCCGUCCCAUUUUAGAGAAACCCGGAAGGAACCACUCGGCCAUGUCUCCAACCCCGAUACGACUCGCAAAAUGCCACAGCUGACCGCCAACCUCAACAUCAGCCCCAGACAGGAUGGGAGCCCCCGCACUGAUCCACCCCCACCUAGCCUUGCGGCCACAGGAUCAGUGAGGUCCUUGGCUCGCUCCUCCAUGCAGCGCUCCAGAGCUUCCUCAUCGCGUUCAGGCCAGCGUUCCAUAGGUCUGUCCCGUGAUGUUUUCCCUAAGGCUCGUUUCACCUCGCCUCACAGUGGACCCCCAACAUUUUCCUUUGUCAUUGGUGGACGGCAAAUGGGUCGACGGUGCCAAGGCCGUCGCCCUUUUCAGACCAUUUUUGUCCCAACGCCGCCGCCUCCCGUGGUUCUACCACGUGUUUACACUCACAAACUGCCUGUGAUUGGCAGGGUGUGCAAACCUUUGAGGCGCUGGACACGCUCCCAUUACUCACUUCAUCUGCCCCUGUAGACUACAGAGACCCGCUGAAUGAUCACCGGUACUGACGUUGGCGGGCCAGUUUGAAUAUUGGGCUGAAUAAACUGGCAGCAGUUGUACUUUA